AUGAAAAGAUGGCCUAGUUAAUUUAUAAAUUACUCAUCACACAUGAUUGCAAUCCACUAUAUUAAUACCAAGGUUCUCCAUACAUAUACUUCUUCUACUACUACCUAUAAGCCCAUCAAGAAAAGAAAAUAAUUUCAUUUUGAACUAAGAUUUAGAAUCAGUCCCAAAUGUCCAAAAAAAUUACUUAUGCAGAUCCAUUUUACAAUCAAAUUCUUUCUCAAAAAUCCAACCCUUCAUAUUCAAGAAGAUCAUAUGUUCAUUUAAAGAAGAUCAAUAAGCCUCUCAAUUUCCUCAAUUACAAUGCAAAAAUUGGAACAUUCAUUGUUAGGUGCAACUCAGCCAACAGUACUGGAUCAGAAGCUUCACCUUCUGGAAAAUCUCCAUUUUUUGGAUGGAAAAAAUGGUUGUUGGGAUUUCUUCUACCUAUAUUACUACCUGCAUUCAAAAACAAAGUCAGCCCAUUACAACUACUCAAAAGUAAUGUGGAUAAAGCAGUAGAAACAGUGGAAACUAUGACAGAGAUAGUGGAAGAGGUGGCUGAGGAAGUAGAAAAGAUAGCUGAAGAGGUUGAAAAGAAACUUCCUGGGGAUUCAAAGCUAAAAGAAAGUCUUGAUUCAAUAGAAAAUUUAGCUCAAGGGGCUGUUAAAUAUGCCAACCAAGCUCAAGAUCUCAUUCACAAGAUUGAGGAGGUAGAAAAAGAGAUAUUGGAGGACACACAAAAACAAAGUAACACUACAAAUCAGGCUGAAAGGGUCAGCCAAGAGUUAAGCUCAAAAAAUUAGUCAUUAUUAUAUGCCAACAGAAUUAGUCAUUAUUUAUAUUUCAUCUGUGUAUUUUUAAUAUUCUGUCAUUUUAAUUUGUAGUUUAUCUACAUCAAUUAUGUUUAUGCAAUGUAAACAUAUAUAAAUUCAAUAAACCAACAUAUAUAGAAAAGCAUGUAC